ACUGAUCUGAAAAUACGAAAAAUGCUUUCCUUUCUCAAGGGAUCUGAGGUGCAAGAAGAGGAUAAGGCAUCAGCAUUGAAACACCUCAUCAAGAACAUCAGCGGAUCCGAUGUUGAAGCAAGUCUUCGGAGCGGUGGAGAGCAAGGGUUGCAAGAUAAGGGAGGCCUCGAAGCCCUUCUGCUGCGCUUCUUGCGGGCUGAAAAAUACAAUGUGCCCAAAGCAGAGAAGCGGCUUAGAGAGCAUGCUGAAUGGAGGAAAGUGUUCUUCCUUAAUGGAAGCAUCUCAGAGGAGGAGAUCAAGAAUGAGCUGGCUGCUCAAAAGGUCUUCGUGCAAGGCUGUGACAAGUUUGGCCGUGGGAUUAUUAUACUGCUGACAGCACGGCACAGCAAGUCAACCCGUGAUCUGGACGAGACCAAGCGUUUGAUCUGCUACAGUUUGGAGCAGCAGAUUCAGCUGCAUGAUGCAGUGCGCAAUCCGGACGGAAAAGGCAUCGGCAUCUUUGACAUGCGUGGAAUCGGCAUGGACUGCUUGGACGCUGGUGCUCUGCGGGCUGUGUUUGACCUCCUGCAAAACCAUUAUCCUGAGAGGCUUGGGGCCCUCUACAUGUAUGAAGCUCCGACAAUUUUCUGGGCUCUCUGGCACGCAGUCAGCCCUUUCAUUGAUCCAGAGACAAAGAAGAAAGUGAUUUUUGUGUACGGCUCCUCAGGGGCAAAAGAAAUCCAGAGCAUCAUUUCUCCAGAGGUGCUACCCACAGAGUUUGGCGGCACUGCGGAAUUGAUCCCUGCUGAGAAAGCUGUAGCUCAGUUCAAGGGAAGCACCAAGGCACAGAUUCAGAACGGAGGUUUGAUCUCUUAGAAUCAGAAGAGAGUAUUACUUGCAGUCAGAAGUGAGCUGAGUACUUUGGAUAUUGGACAUAUGCAAAGAACUCUGAAGAGCAGUGCGUAUGCUCUUGAUCUGUCAGCAUUGAGUAAUCUCCUUUCAACCUUUCCAGCAUUUCUUGAAAAAUCUUUAAGGGCCAUUGCCAAAUUA